AUGAAUUCUGGCAAUGUUUAUGCAGCUGUUGCUGCUAUAUUUUUCCUGCUCAUGAUCUCUUGCCAAGCGCAAUUGUCAUCUACGUUUUACGAUAGUACGUGUCCGAAUGCGCUUAGUACAAUUCGAACUUCCAUUAGACGAGCUGUGUCGAGCGAGCGUAGGAUGGCUGCGUCUCUCAUUCGUCUCCAUUUUCACGAUUGCUUUGUUCAGGGAUGUGAUGCAUCAAUACUACUGGACGACGCCCCCGGCAUUACAAGUGAGAAAACUGCGGGGCCUAAUGAUAAUUCGGCAAGAGGUUAUGAAGUCAUAGACGCCGCCAAGAGCGCGGUGGAGAAUAUAUGCCCUGGAGUCGUUUCUUGUGCCGACAUCCUUGCGGUGGCGGCGCGGGAUGCAUCUGCCGCGGUGGGCGGUCCUUCAUGGACAGUGAAGCUCGGGAGGAGAGAUUCGACUACGGCAACCCGAUCACUGGCGGAAAGUAAUCUUCCUAGCUUUCGGGACGACCUCCCGACACUUAUAUCCAACUUUAAUGGCAAAGGACUAAAUGAAAGAGACAUGGUGGUUCUGUCAGGUGCACACACAAUUGGGCAGGCACAGUGUCGUCUGUUUCGCGAUAGAAUCUACAGCAAUGGAACAGACAUCGACGCUGGUUUCGCCAGCACCCGUCGACGCCAAUGCCCUAGAAAUGGCAGUGAUGGAAAUUUAUCACCACUCGAUUUGGUGACACCCAAUUCAUUCGAUAACAAUUACUACAAGAAUUUAAUCCAAAGAAAGGGUUUGUUAGCAUCAGAUCAAGUUCUUUUCAGCGGAGGAUCAACAGAUAGUAUUGUGACACAAUAUAGCAACAAUCCUCGUACUUUCUCAUCGGACUUUGGUGCAGCCAUGAUCAAAAUGGGAGACAUUGAACCCCUCACCGGUCAAAAUGGGAUCAUAAGAAGGAUUUGUAGCGCCGUGAACUAA